GACCAGGUCUCAUGGCGAAACGAAAUGUGAAUGUAAUUGGCGCCCCCACCACUGGCCCCGAACGCGCAAGUCGUCCGUCGUCGAGUAUAGCCAGCGCUCGCGGCGGCGAAAACCAGACGGCCGCAGUGCGAGGUGCGACCCGGACAGCGUAACAGGCAGCCAGGAUGGCUCCGACCCUGAGCAAGCUCGUCACCAGGAGGAGUACGGCCUCAGCUGCCGCCGUAGUCGCCGUUCUCUGGCUGCUCAGCCGUAAGCGCAGCAAGAAACGCUUCGGCGGUACCAAGCCCAAGAAUCCCUGGCCAGCCAACACUGACAUCCAGUAUGUCAUCAAGGAGGAGAAGCCCAAGCGGCCCAAGGCCCAUGUGGACGGGGAGUUCUUCAAACAGCUGCGACAACUGCUGGCCAUUGGUAUACCCGGUGUGUUUACACCCGAGGCUGGCUAUGUUUUCCUGGUCGCUGCUGCCCUUGUCUCCAGGUCACUCUGCGACCUGUGGCUUAUCCAUACUGGCACACUUAUCGAAACAUCUAUAGUCAAUAUGGAUGCGGAGUUGUUCAAAAAACGAUUGUUCAGGUUUAUGGCUACCUUGCCUGUGAUAUCAGUUGUGAAUAACAUAUUAAAGUAUGGCCUUGGAGAAAUGAAACUAAGGCUACGAACUAACAUAAGUCGUUUUCUAAUGGAUCAAUAUUUGAAAGGAUUUACUUACUACAAAAUGAGCAAUUUAGACACUAGAAUUGCAAAUCCUGAUCAAUUACUUACCACGGAUGUAGAUAAAUUCUGUGAAAGUUGUACAGAUUUGUACAGUAAUAUUGCCAAACCUAUGUUGGAUAUCUUCAUUUACGUUUACAGACUUACCUCGUCACUCGGUGGCCAAACUCCUCUUAUUAUGCUAUCAUAUCUUCUACUUGCUGGUGGUUUCCUGACACAUUUAAGAAAACCCAUUGGUGCAUUGACAGUCAAAGAGCAGAGGCUCGAGGGAGAGUAUAGACACAUUCAUUCACGUUUGAUUACUAAUUCAGAAGAGAUUGCUUUCUACCAAGGAAACUCGCGUGAAAAACUAACGCUUAUAGCCAGCUUCCAUAAAUUGGUCACUCAUCUCAGGAAAUUCCUAGAAUUUAAGGUCGCGAUUGGUGUUGUAGAUAAUUUUAUUGGAAAAUAUGUAGCAACUGUUGUUGGAUUCUAUGCUGUGAGCAUUCCAUUUUUCCAGAAGAAUCACCCACUUCUAUCUGGUACUCCAGAUCAUAGGUUUAAAUCUUACUACACAUAUGGAAGAAUGUUGGUUAAAUUAGCAGAAGCCAUUGGACGAUUAGUUCUUGCUGGAAGAGAAAUGACAAGAUUAGCAGGUUUCACUGCACGUGUCACUGAAAUUAGAAAAGUUCUGACCGACUUGAAUGACAAUAAAUACGAAAGAACGAUGAUGAUUGACAUAAAGAACAAUCCCAUUGGCUCUCCAGGAGCAGGAAAAAUUCUUGCUAAAGACAACAUUAUUCGUUUCGAGCGUGUUCCCCUGGUAACUCCAAACGGUGAUGUCCUUGUCAAAGAACUUUCAUUUGAAGUCAAAUCCGGUAUGAAUGUUUUGGUUUGCGGACCAAAUGGAUGCGGAAAGAGUUCGUUGUUUAGAAUUUUGGGUGAACUGUGGCCUCUGUGGGCUGGUGUAAUGACAAAGCCACCGCGCGGUAAACUGUUUUACAUUCCACAAAGACCUUACAUGACUCUGGGAACGCUGAGAGAUCAAGUAAUCUACCCGCAUACUCGCGCUGAGAUGAUUAGACGAGGUAACGCGAAAGACGAAGAUUUACAAAAGUACCUGGACUUAGUACAAUUAGGCCACUUGCUCGAGAGAGAAACUCAGCCGGGUAGUGAAGGUCAUGGCUGGGACGCCGUUGCCGACUGGAUGGAUGUCUUAUCCGGUGGUGAGAAACAGCGAAUCGCGAUGGCGAGAUUGUUCUAUCACAAGCCGCAAUUCGCUAUUCUCGACGAAUGCACAAGUGCUGUUAGUGUUGACGUCGAAGAUUCUAUGUAUUCUUACUGUAAAAAGGCCAAUAUUACCCUGUUUACCGUAUCUCACAGACGAUCGCUUUGGAAGCACCACGAGUACUACCUCCAAAUGGAUGGACGGGGUUCUUUCGAAUUCAAGCCAAUUGAACCGGAUACCGAGGAAUUUGGGUCAUGAAUUAUCGUCCCUCUACCAGAUUGAUAGAUUAGAUGCUCCGUCAUCGUAUUUUAAUUUCUACAAAAAUGCCAAUCUUAGGAUGAUUAUGAGCACAAUGCAUUUUUUAUAACAGGUUGUGGAGAUAUUCGUGUAAAUUACGUCGAAAGGACAAAUGUUGCUUUAUCGUUCCUGAACAAACGCGUGGGGUUAAAAAGAGAAAAAGCUAAAUCUAUGACACUAGCUACUAUAUAGUGCGUCAUGAGUCUCGUAUUUUUGUAUCAAUGUUUUUAUACGUCAUUUUUGUCGUUGUUGCUUACUUUCUUCAUUGUUACUCAUCAUUCUAUAGUAGCUUUAAUAUAAUUAUUUACAUAAUAUGGUGUAAGGCACUGAAAUAUUUACUACUCUACGUUCUCUCUGUCUUUUUUUUAAGUUUUACAAUCGAUUGUAUAUAAGAACUCUUCUCUUUUUACAACUUCUUUUUUGUUAUUAAUUUCUCGCAAGUUGAGAAGCUGUACGCUAAGGUGGAUAAGUUCUAGAGCUUGAAGAGGAGAGUGCAUUGACUUAUAUAUAUAUGUGCAAUGGAUAGAACAAAAAAUGAAAAUUAUGGUUACAAAAAAGAUGCACAAAUGAUUUUUUUCUAAUGCACAAUUGUGUUGUUAUAAUCCACACCACGUCCGGUGUAAAACCUUGGGAACUUUUGGGAGUUUCGAGAGACUCAUACGCCCGUCUAUCAACGAUAUAAUGCCAAAUGAAAUAUAGACCGUUUCACCGAAUUCGUCGCGUCGUCCAGGCUAAGAGGGUUUUAUACUUGUAAUGGGUGGUAAUUGUUAUGUGUAGAUCACAUUCAUUGUAAAUAUAUAUGUUGAAGCAUAUGUACGUAUUUGGGAUUGCUGGACAAUAAAAAGAAAUUAUUUCAUAUACUUAAGACAUCCGGAAGUUGGCGUGUGUUGUACACAUACAUAAGCUUUCAGCGCAGGAUUCCCGAAUCGCAAAAUUCGAACAAAAGAAAUCGCAAUGUCCGUCUGUUGGUGCGAAAGGAACAAUCAUGUAAGAUCGGCUCUAUUUUUUCACAAUAAAACAAAAAAACAUCGAAAAAA